CAGAAGGCAGGUGCUGUCCAACUCCCUCAGUUACUAGAGCUGCCUCCGUCUCCACCGACGCUCUUCUUCCCUCUCUCCCGCGCCCAUCCUGAGACUCCCCUUGGGAAGGGAAUGUUUAAGAAGCCUCCUGCCUCCCCUCAUCUCCCGACUUGCAUCUUCCUUUCCUGCGCCCUGUUUUACUUCAGACGAUCAUGCAGAAGACGCCGAUCUUGCUAUGGGGCUUGCUGCUGCUUUCCGGGGACUCAGCAGGGACCAAGGAACAGUGCACCACGGGGAAAUAUACUGCCAGUGGGGAAUGCUGCCGAGCCUGUAACUCUGGGGAAGGAGUUGGCCAACCUUGUGGAGUAAACCAAACUGUUUGUGAACCUUGCCUGGACAGCAUCAGCUAUUCAGAUACGGUGAGUGCCACCGAGCCCUGUAAGCCCUGUAAGGAGUGUGUGGGCCUGGAGAGCAUGUCGGCUCCUUGUGUGGAAUCGGACAACACCAUCUGCAAGUGUAUCUAUGGCUUCUACCGGGAUGAGAACAAUAAAUGUAAAAAGUGCCGCAUCUGUGAAAUAGGGUACGGGCUUGUCUAUCCUUGCGGGGAAAAUCAGAACACAUUAUGUGAGAAAUGCCCGGUGGGGACGUAUUCUGAUGAAGCCAACCAUGUGGACCCCUGCUUGCCUUGCACGGUGUGUGAGGAGGAUGAGAUCAUCGAGAAGGACUGUACCGCAACUUCAGAUGCCAAGUGCAGAGCAAUUAAUCCAAGAUUUGCGAUGACAACCAAAGUCCCGAUGGAUCCCUAUACCAGGGAUAGAAAUGCAGAUGCAAAUACAGAUGUAAUCGUAGAUGAGGAACACGCAACUAAUUCACAAUUUGCAGUGGCAACGAAGACCCCGAUGGAUUCCAAUGCCAGUGAUGCAGACCCAGAUGGAUUCAUAGACCCAGAUCCAGCCAUAGAUAUAGAACAUGAUUUUUACCCAGGGACUCCCAAAAGUCCCUUUCCUAUUACAAAUUUUUCAGAGACUAUGGAUAUUUUGGAGACCACUGUACUGAGCACCACAAUGACCACUAUUAUGGGAAGCUCCCAGCCUGUCAUUAGAAGUGGGACAGCUGAUAACCUCAUCCCUGUCUACUGCUCCAUUUUGGCAGCUGUGGUGGUGGGUUUGGUGGCAUAUAUUGCCUUCAAGAGGUGGAACAGCUGCAAACAGAACAAACAGGGUGCCAACAACCGUCCUGUCAACCAGACGCCUUCCCCAGAAGGAGAGAAACUUCAUAGUGACAGUGGCAUCUCAGUUGAUAGCCAAAGCCUCCACGAUCAACAGCCACCAACACAAACAGCAUCUCUACAAGGUCUUAAAGGAGAUGGGAAUCUUUACACCAGCCUGCCGCCUAACAAACGUGAGGAGGUUGAAAAGCUGUUGAAUGGUUCCACAGAGGAGACAUGGCGCCACCUGGCCGGAGAACUAGGCUACAAGGAAGAUCACAUAGACUCCUUUACACAAGAGGAAUACCCCGUUCGUGCGCUGCUCUCUGAUUGGUCCAGCAAGGACAGUUCCACCAUGGAUGCCCUUUAUUCAGCCUUGCGCAAGAUUCAAAGGGGGGACAUUGUGGAAAGCCUUUACAGUGAAUCCACUGCUAGCUCUCCAGUGUGAAGGAGAAAAAGGGGGCAGAGGCAUUCUGAGUUAGCUCCUCAUUUCCCCUGCCCCCACGGGUGCCUCUUGGAAGAAGAAUACGUGAAGGAAAAAUAGAGCUCAUUCUUUCUGGAGACACUGGAGCAAUCCUGUAAGCACUGGUUUAGUUAUUUUUCCCUCUCUGCCCUGCUGUCCUGGUAUUUUCGUCCAAUAGCUCUUGCUAGUAACAGACAAUAAGAAAUGAAAGAAGGGAAAGGGAGUGGAUGUUUUGCUUAUACUCUAUGUGCUCCUUAAAAUCUCCUGGACUGAUAGUGGACUGCUGAUUCUGAACUGAGACAAGAAUGAAGAAAGACAUCUGUCCAAGGCCAAUUGCUUGACUUCUCUUUCAGUUGCCUCUGACAUUUAUUCCAUGCGCUUCUCUCAUUAUCCCAUCGACAUUAAUUCUCUUUCUUCUCUUGCACAUCUUCUUUCCUUCAGUCACCAGUUUACCCUAUUUAAGCACAUCUGAAAUCAGGAGAAAGAAAGAAAAAAAACAACAACCAAGGAGACCAGCCAGAUAUGUUACAGAGUGAUGAAGGAUUCAAAGAAGGCAGAAAGAGCAGGAAUGCUGGGCCUGAAACAAGGAGACAUAUGGUGUUUAGAGGACAAAGUGAACAUUUGUUUUGAGGCAACCUCCUGGAGGGUCUCUGAGUGGGGAGAAAAGAAAUGUGGACCAGGUUUCUAGCUAUCUAAACUGACAAUAUGAAGAUCAAAGUGAGAAGUUAAGGGAUGGAACCCAAAGAGAAAACAAACACAUUUCCAUCCAAGUAUUGGUGACCACAUCAAGACUAUAUUUGAUCUUGCCCUUGUUUUCUUGCUCCGAUGCAUUCUUCCUAGCUAAUAAGGAUUUUUUUUUAACCCUCUUCCAUUUUCCUCUUUCUGGGUUUGACUGAAACCAGUAAAGUCAUAUAAACCCUUGCUUAAAGGGGCUAGAUAAUGGCCAAGUGCGAAUAUAAAUUCCCUAAAUAAAUAAAAUAAGCCACACUGAUGAAUGGACCUAAUCAGAAGCAAACAAGACCAGUUGUCAGACAUAUUCAUUCAUUUUCCAAGGGAUGCUGCUUUGAUGAAGCCCUACGUUCUUCUUCAAACUGGUAAACCAAUCACUGUGUGUUAAGAAGCUGUUAUCUCUGUUGCAUUAAAAGGGGAAGCAAGCAAACAAACAAACAAAAUCCCUUAGUGGCCUUAAUGCACAAAGUAGGGAGCAAUCUAUAUGAAAACGUAGCUACUCUCAGAGGUAGAAUUUUGCUGAAUGUUAUUCCUUUGUCAAGUGAUGUACAGCCACCAAAGCAACCUGGUGUUUUCUGUUUUCAAAUAUUAGAGGGAUAUGAAAAUAUUAUAGGGAUAGGAUGGUGGGGAAAUAUUCUACAAGCUAACAAGAAUUACCAAAAGCUCUUGGGCAAAAAAAAAGAAAGAACUGGAACUGAACAAUGCCCUCCCUCUGUGUCUGCAUUACAAGAUUCGUUGGUUUCUUUUACUCUUAUUCUGAUGAUAUUCAUAUAGACCCGAUGGGGAAAAAAAUGGCAUUUGAAAGCUGAUAGUAUUUUAAACAGUUGACUGGGUUGUUGAUGGGAAUUUUUAGCUGCUUAUCUUGUUUCUCUGAUUUAAAACCGUGGAGAAGAAAUCUCUCCAUCCUAUGUAUGCACGCACACGUAUAUAUAAAUAUAUACUUAGAAAGUAAUGGGGAUACUUCCUGGGGAAUGUUAGUUAGGAAUGCUAAUUAAUUUCCUUUCUCAACCAAGAGAUGAUUAGGGAAGCUUGGCAGGCUGCACAAAGUGUUGCUAUUCUGAUCAUUUUUCUGUCAUCAUACCAGUUUUAAUGGUUUGCCUCACCAGAAAAACUUCUAUUUUAACCUUGACAUUUCUGCUGUCAACAAAACUUAGUAGCAAUUUUAAAUAAGAUGGUACAAACAGAUUGAAAAAAGUUAAUUACAUUUUUGCUUUCUAUUUAAAAACUUUUUACAGAACAACUAGAACCAUGCCUUUAUUCGUAGAAUGUUGCUAUUACAUAAUGAUAAUAAAGGAGCCAGAGGAAGAGUAGUAAUAUAUCUAAUGGACUCCUAAAUUGUUUAGAAGGAAAAUAUGGAGAUGCAUGGAGGUACUUGUGGCCUUGCUGAUUUUGGGCCUAACUAGGCCCACCUAGCUUAACAUUCUUCUUUGAUCUGGAAGCAACCUUCAUUUAUUCAGACAGAAGACUUUUCAUGUCAAUUCUGAAACCCAAGUUCCCUUUUUAUGGUACGAAGCACAAAAAGCUUGUGAAGACACACAAAGCAGGCACUUUACCUCAGAAGUCCAACUCACAAUUUAGUUCAACCUCCUCUUGGUAUACAAUUUGGAGAUGACUCUAAUGGCCCUUUGCUCUUUUUGUAGAGAUAUGUGCC